AUGCCUUCCAAAAUAUUGGGAGUAUUUGAGUGGAUCUUUAGCCAUCCUACAACGGCGGCCAUAGUACUUUUGAUACCCGUACUGUGCCUGGUUUGCCUCCGGCGGUCAAGUCAAGAUGAGCCGCCAUCACUCCCCGAGAUCGUGCCAUUCAUCAGCAAUACCUACCAGUACAUGACAGAUAGUAAGACGCUCAUGAAGCGUGCAAGUCGCACCAUGAAAUAUAGCAACAUCGUCAAAUUCUACUUGGGCCCCAUGCGCGUUUACUUUGUACAAGGAGGAGAAAGCGUUCAAGCAAUGUUUCGCUCAUCGACCAGCAUCAGCUCGAACAAGUUCAUCCUACUGGUCAUGCGAAAUCUGCAAGGUUCAGCUGAGAAAGAUGUCGCCAAGUUCGCAAACGACCAAUCAGGGCGACAAAGAAUACCUGCGCCAGGCUACGAGAAUACACCGCAAGAGGAGCGAUUCUGGUACACUUUGCACCAUAUUACUGUCGAAAACCUAUCACGCGCAGAGCCCACUGCUCAUUUAGCAGAGACUUACACGAAAUUCUUCGACGAGGCUUUGGAAAAGCAGCCUCUAGGCCAAUGGGCGACUGUUCGUCUUCUGGAUUUCUUGAGGAAAGAAAUGUGUUCAAGCGCCAUCAAAUCGUUUUGUGGUACCAAGCUAUUAGAUAUGGUCCCGGACUAUGUUGAACAGUUUUGGCGAUUCGACAGCAUCGCUUUCCAGGUUGUGUACGGCCUACCGAAGUGGAUCAACAGCAAACCGGUGAAUGAACGCGAUAAACUGAACGGCAUGACGCAAAAGUAUCUGAAAGAAGCCUUUGCAAAUUUUGAUUGGGAUGGUCCUAGGGCGAAAUCUCCCUGGGAGCCCAUAUUCGGGUCAAGCUACGUUCGCAAGAUUAUCAAAUGGCUUCAGGAUACAGACAUGGCUCCGGAGACCAAAGCUGGAUUCUACAUGAUUGCAAUUUUUGGUAUAAACGCAAACACCAUACCGAUUACCACAUGGGCGAUGAUUGAGCUCCUGCGAGAUCGCGAACUGUUGCAGGCAGUUCGCAGCGAAGCUCUCCAGACCCUCAACGUGGACCCUGUCACCGGGAAGCGAUCCUUCGACGUGUCCAAGCUCGUCUCCAUGCCACUGAUGCAGUCUGUGUACACAGAGUGCAUGCGUCUUCACGUCUCCAUUGCGCUCUCCAGAGAAGUCAUCGAGACUACCACGCUCCACGGCUUCCGCUUGAAAAAGGGUUCAAUGAUACAAGCUCCGACACAUCUCGUGCACUUGGAUGAGAACAUAUGGAGCCAGGGAGGACAUCCUGCUGCGGAGUUCUGGGCAGAAAGACAUGUCAAGCAUGUCAAAAAAGUGGAAGAAAAUACUGGUCGAUUUACCACUGAAAGGCAGUUCGUCUUGGCCGGAAAGUCCAACGAAUUCAUUCCCUUUGGUGGUGGACCUUCGAUGUGUCCAGGGCGGUUCUUUGCCAAACAAGAAAUUCUCCUUACAAUUGCCAUCCUUGUCACAAAAUUUGACAUGGAGUUUGUUGAGUGGACAAACUUGGACGGGUCAAAAUCUGAUCGAUCCCCAGUGGAUGAUGAGCGGUACUUUGGUACAGCUGCUGUUCCACCGGAUCGCGAUGUCAAGGUACGAUGGAAGAAACUUUGGUGA